AAGAGUUCCAAUUUGUAAAAUUUUUAUCGACUCGAUUUAUUGAUUAAAUUUAGACAUUGUUUAAAUAAAUUAAUGAAGGGAUUGCAACAUAAUGAACGAAGAGAAGACUGGUUUAGUAACCAUCCUUGACUCCAUAGGAAAACCCAGAACAGCCAAGCUUGUCUUAACAACGGACACACUGAGUGUUCUGAGGGAGGAAAUCGUGUCAACUGACAGCAAUGGGAACGAUGAGAUGCUUAACCAGGUUCGUGAGGUGUGUCUGGUGAGAGAUGACUCCGGGGGGCUAGGACUCGGUCUUAAGGGGGGUGCAGAUUGUGGCCUUCCUGUAUUCAUAUCAAAAAUGCCCCCCAAUCUUCCAGCAUCAAAUUCUGGCAAACUACUGAUUGGAGAUGCUAUUCUAAAGAUAAAUGACAUAGAAUGUGAUAAAAUGGAACAUGAUGCAGUCAUUGAGACACUGAAAUUAGCAGGACAGACUGUUAUCUUGACAGUCAGAUACUUUAAACCAGCUGCACUUUUCCUGAAAAGGGAGUCACAGAGCAGUGCAAGUUCUCCAGGAAGUUCCCAGUCUCCGUCCAUCCCUGACCUCGAGCGACAGUGGGUGGUCUAUGUUACUAUCCCCUUACUGUUUGCCUACCUGUCCAGAUUCAUCCCCGGAACAGACAAACUCAGAACAAAUGCCUUUGAGGUGGUUGGUGUGAACUCUGCUUCAACAGGAGUUGUACAAUGUGAAGACAGUAGAUCAUUGGCUGAUUGGAUAAGAGCAAUAACCAAUAAUAUUUCAGCAUUGCUCACUCAUAUGAUAAAAAUGAGCAACAGACUGUUGAUCCCAGAAGAUCAAGUUGUUCACAUGACAUGGACCCAAGAAAGAGUCUCUCCCAUGCGGCACUUUCAAGCCUGGAAACCAAAAUUUCUAUGUCUAAAAGGAGCUGAAAUUUGCUUGUUUGAUGUUCCACCAAUGCAGACAAGAGACUGGGUUCGCUGUGACACUGUGUUCAAAGUUUAUGAGUGCAUGUUUAAGGUUCUCAAGGAUGUUGAACUUCUGGAUGAUCGCCAGCAUUGUUGCACCAUACACUGUGGGACAGGUGAAAAGUUCUACCUGAGUACCGAGAGCCGCUCUGAUCUCCUCCAACUGGAGAAAGCCUGGUACAAAACCAACCACACCAGUAUAACAAGCAUGAAGAGUAAAACCUUUGGUUGUACCUGGAGGGGACAGCUGUCUGGAUUAACCCUGGAUCUCGAGUCUGGAUUUUCUCUGUAUGACAACACUUUAAAGAGCUACAUGUGGACUUAUAAAUUCUCCCAACUCAAAGGUUCCUCAGAUGAUAACAGAUCCAAACUGAGGCUGCACUUCCACAGCACGGAGAAUUCCAACAAUACAGAAACCAGGGAGAUCCAGUGCUCCAGUCUCCACACCCUGCUUUACUGCAUCCACGCCUUUCUGUCUGCUAAGCUGGCUUCAGUAGAUCCCUUGUUUCUAGGGAGCCAUUAAAUCUACAGCAACAUCGACAAAGAACCAUACAUUGUUUAUGCAGCUAUUUUGCUCUAUUCAUUUGCAGUGUACAAAUAAUGACGGAACUUUAUUGUUAUUUGGAGGUUUAUCUACAUUGUAUUAACAUUGGCCUCCUUUUCAGUUUAGGAUUUUGUUUUGGUGCUUUUUUUUCUUUUCUGUAUGUGACUGUACAUGUAUAUUGUUUAUAGAUAAAAGUCCCUUUUCAAGAAAUCUUGCAUACCACAAUAAUGGCUUGUUAUUUAUUCAAUAUUUAGUUGUCUAGUCAGAAUUGGCAUUUUUCACAUUUAUUAAUAUAUGCAGUGUUUAUAUAUCAUAUUUAUAAACAAGUAUAAUAUUUAGCAGAAAUUUACUGUUUGAAAGGUAGCACAGCAUUGAUUUAGGGCUUUUACAUUGAAUACAUGUACAUGUAUUUAAAUAGCUAUGUACAACUCAUUUAGUCAUGUUGUUGAUUUUACUAGAGAUUCUUUCCAACAAAGGCACUAAAAAGAAUAUAAAACUAGAUGUAAUAUAUUUACACAUUUUCUGAACUACAAUUGUAACUUGAAUAUACAUGUAUUUGUGGGGAAAAUGUAUUAAUAUUUUAUAUGAAUAUACAUGUAUUUUACUUUUAAUUUGUAUGCUUAUUAUUUAUUUUUAUCUAAGAUUUUUGUCUUAAUCACAUUCUAAUAUAUUUUACUCAACUGCCAGUUGCUUCCAUUUGUUUUCCUUUUUUUAGCCUUUGUGUUCAUUUUUAAUGAGAUUAACUUCAAAAUACUAGUUUUUGAUUUGUAUGUUUUACUAGUAUUUUUGUCCUCUUUUAUAAUGUUUUAAACCUAGUGUCAAUGAUAGAGAAAUCAGUCAUUUAAGUUGAUUUCAAAAGUGACAAUGCACACACUACUUAUACACAAAGCUUACAAGCAUGCAUGUGCUUCUGCAAUACCUAAAAUGUAGUCCUUUCUAUAAGUAACAAUUAUAGAUACCUAUUUAUAUUUCUAUAGUAGGAGAGGGGUGUUCAUUUUAUGACACUGCAAUAUAAAUUGUGUCGUUCAUAUUGUAUAGUCAAUCAAGAUUAUGCAAUUUAUUUUAGACUUACAUGUAUGUUUUUUUAAUUGUGUUUUCCAUAAGGCUAGUUCCACAAAACUUUUUUCUGUAUUUAAUACCCCUGUAUUGAGUUUGCCAUAAUUAUAGUUUAAUUCUUCAAAGGUUUAUGAUUUAUAUAUGUGUCAUAUAUAGAUGCUACUUUCUUCAAAGGUUGUUGCAUUUUGUGUCUUUAUCCCAUUGGUGCUACAUGUCUUAUGUUAUUGAGUGGUUGCUAAUAGUGAUAAUAUUGGAGUAUUUUAUUUUUGUGGAUUUCAAUCAUAUUUUCCAAAUUUAAUUUUAAUCUUUAGUGGAAUUUUCCUCUGAAUUCUCAGUUCCAUAUUUACUAUUGAUUUGUAUUUUGAGAUACAACAUAAAACGUUAUUGAUGUCAUAACUGGUAGGUUAGUAAAAAUGUAGCUGGUUAUAUAAUGGCUCUGAAUACUGGUUUAGCUUCAAAAACAAUAAAAUUGCACAAAUAUCAAAGGUAUGAAAUUUAAUUUACUGUUCUACAAAGUAUUUUCUGUAGUUUAUUUAGCUAUAUAGGAAAUUGAAGAGGUUGCUUCAGCAGCUAUAGUGUUAGUAGAGUGGUAUAUAGAGAACAAGCUUUGUUAAGUUUUUCAUUGUCUUCCCACCGUUUUGCUAUUGUUACUGUUAUAGUAGAUAUAGUUAUAUUGUUACCAAUGAUGACAAAUCUUUGAUCCGCCCUGGAAAUGUUGGAUCUGCUAGUUCAAAAUUUCAUGCUUUAAUUAUCACAUGCACAAUCACUGAAUUGGUAUAUAGAAUUGUAUAAUUGUUGUUUUUACUGGUGUAAAUGUGUGUAAUUUUUGCAGGAAUGUGUCGGUUUUGUUCAAUAAAAAAAUUAUGAUGUGAUGUUCAGCAAUCACAAUUUUA